GGGUGGGGAGAACUCGCUGCCCUUUAGAAACGAUCCUUUUCUUUUCCACAUUCAGUGCAGCAGCUGCCUAUAGACCCUGUAGGGCUCUUCUUAGGAUGGUUGCCUGAUUUUGGUAAGACUAAAGCGGAACUGAGAGGUCACCUGGAUAUGUAUCGGCACUCCAUCUCUUACACCAAGUCAACUGGUUACUUCUGAAGCCAUCACUACCUUCAUUCCUUGCAACAGAAGAGUAACUGAAGACAUGGAUAAAUCCCCAUCCAAACCUAAUACCACCAAGAAAAGGGUAAAAAUACACCCAAACACAGUUACAGUAAAAUAUACAUCCCACUACCCUCAGCCAGGAGAUGAAGGAUAUGGGGAUACAAGUGAAGAUAAUGGGGGAUCUCUGGAGGAAAAUUCAAAGAAAAGGCUGUUAGGAGAUGCUAAACAGAAGGGAAAGACAUGUUUCGGGACUAUGGAUGCAAGGCCUAGACCCACAGAAGACUCAGACAAUGGAAUUGCAGAGCAGUUACAAAGUUUUGCAGACAGUUCCAUAUUCCAGUCAAGGAAAAUGUGGGCAGUGCUGUUUUGCUCUGCGUUAGCUCAUGGCUGUGUUGCCCUCAUCACUAGACUGGCUUCUGAUCGUUCCAAAGUGCCCUCUUUGGAGCUGAUAUUUAUUCGCUCAGUUAUCCAAGUGCUGUCUAUACUAAUGGUAUGUUACUACAAAGAGGACCCCUUUGGCCCUUCAGGGUACAGGUUACGGCUUUUCUCCUAUGGUGUUUGCAAUGUUAUCUCCAUAACCUGUGCCUACACAUCCUUCUCCAUUGUUCCCCCGAGCAAUGGAACCAUAAUGUGGAGAGCAACUACCACUGUCUUCAGUGCUAUUCUGGCCUUUUUGCUGAUCGAUGAACACAUGCCAUAUGUUGAUUUGAUUACGGUAGUUGGUAGCGUAUUUGGUGCAUGCUUGGUCAUGAUACCCAAUAUUGUUAAUGAACAGAACUCUUUUCUUGGUGUAUGGAAAGAAGCUUUUGGUUACACCAUGACCGUCAUGGCUGGGCUGACGACAGCACUUGCUAUGAUCAUCUACAGAUCUAUUAAAGAGAAGGUCAGCAUGUGGACUGCUCUCUUUACCUUUGGUUGGACUGGAAGUGUUUGGGGAGCAUGUACUAUGUUUGUGCUGCAAGAACCGAUCAUACCACUGGAUGGAGAAACCUGGGGUUACCUUAUUGCUAUCUGCUUGUGUUCCACUGUGGCAUUCCUUGGUGUUUAUUAUGCAUUGUAUAAAUUCCACCCAGCCUUGGUAAGCACAGUUCAACACUUAGAGAUCGUUGUUGCCAUGGUCCUUCAGCUUCUUGUUCUGCACAUGUCUCCAAGUGUUUAUGACCUAAUAGGAGGGGCGGUCAUCAUGAUCUGUGUCUUUGCCUUGGCUGGUUACAAACUCUACCUGGGCAGAUUAGGACGACAAGAUUACCAUGAAAUACUGGACUCUCCAAUUAAAUAAGAUGCCUCUCGAUACUGACUUUCCCUUUGUUAGUAAUGUUGCCUACUACACAUUCCACACUGGAGUGACCAAACACAAGAUUCUGUUGCAGAUAUGGGAGCACUUUUACAAAAAGACAAGCAGUUGCAGAUUAUACGUUUACUUGCCGGAGGCUGACUAUAAUAUCCAAUUAAAUUCACAAAGCAACUGCUGCUGGACAUUAGCAUCUUAAUUUAUUAAGCAGGUGAAAAGCCACGGCUUGGCUACACCGCAGUAAAACGGGUUUAGUAAUUUAUUACAUAGUAUGAACACACUACUAAACUAGCCACAUUUAUAUGAUAUACAUCCCCACCCACAUAUACAUUAUAAUUGGUGAAGUUCCCCAUACUAUCUAUUUAGUUGUGUUGAUCACUGCAAACACUGCUAUUUUGCCCACAUUAUUGCAUAUGCCGGAUUGUUGGUAUACAUUGAACAUUACUCUGCAAAUCUAUGCAAUAUACUCUGUUGUACAAUAAGUUGCUCAUGUGUGUUGAUUAAGCGAUUCUCUCAUUAUUAAGGAUACAAAAUAAUCUUUCUUUAGGGCAUACAACAUCAUAUCUACACACACACACAGGACACACGUAUAUACAGAUAACCAUGUUAAACACUCACUCAUUUGUCAUUUUACUAACCUUUACCCUGUAGCUGUUUCACCAAAGGUAUUAAGUUUCUCUUACCACUUUCAAAUGUCCUUUGUCUUUACUCUUCUGCUGGACACCCCUCCGCAGUGUGGGAGUGUGGAUGCUUGUCUGUAAGCACAUACCAUUCCAUUAUCUGCAAAGGAAAGUUGUCAUUAUAAUUUACAGUGCUCCAUUCCUAAUGACAAUUUGUAGAUUUCGAUGAAAUUUUGUUUUGUAACUUGAAAAUACUUGUGCAGCAUAGACACCAUAUUGAUUCUGAUUUGUUCCAUAUGGCUGGGUGGCACUAGAUAGGCACCUGAGAGAGAGCAGAUGUACGUUUCCCCAUCAUAAUUGGUAGGCAGGGCUGUGGGUAUUACAAAAAAACGAUAUCUUACGUACCAGUUGCACCUCUGAAUUGCCUCAGCCCACUGCUCAGAGGGUACAAAAUCUGUGCCAAUUUUCAGCAAUUAGUAUGGAUGGUAAAUUCUGUGUUGCUGCUUUAUCGUAGAUGCUUUAGAGUCGAUGCUGCACAUGAGCCAAAAUCAAUUUGCCUUUCAGUCUCUUAUCGUUAUUUUUUAAUUGUGCCUAAAGUGUAAGCAGUAAUCCUGUACUAGAUAAAUAUGUUGCCAAAAGAAGAUAAAAGUAAUGACUAAAUAUGGAACUCUAACUGCUCAGCUCUUCCCUUAGAGGGUCAGUUGGGAGUAUUGUUCAUAAUUUGGAAGAAUAAAAUAUAUACCUAAGUCACCUUAUUUCACUCUGUGCACAUACAUUCAUUUUAAUUCCAUAGAGAACUACACUAAUGCCAAAGUAUACAUUGAAGAACAGACAUUGACUUUCUAGAAUGGUCUAAAGAAUGCCAAUAUAUAAUGCUGCUCUUGGCCAUAUUACAUUACUACUACAGGGACCUGUAAUUCAGAAUGUUUGGGACAUGGGGUUUUCCGGAUAAGGGGUCUUUCCGUAAUUUGGAUCCUCAUAACUUAAGU